UAUCCCACACCCUCUUCUCACCCAUAACUUUAUUAAGAACUAAAACUAAAUCAAACCAUUUUCUCUUUCCUUUCCUUUCUCAAACCGUACCAGAUUCCACCGCCGUCCUUCUCCGCCGCCCCCCGCCGCCAUCUCAACUCUGCUCCAGCCUUCAACUCCUACCUCCCCCUUGACCUCUCCCUUUUCUCUCCCCGCCUGGGUAUGCCGAUCAACACGUCGCUCUUCAACCCCCUCAACCAUUCUCUCCUCCUCCGCCCCUAGUUUCACAAAUUUAUAAUGUCCUCCAGGGAUUCUAACGUCCUCUUCAGUGGUGGCGGUAUCAGUUUUCUGAAUGAAAAUCACACUGGAAAGUUCAGCUAUGGAUAUUCUAGUUUCAAGGGCAAAAGAGCUUCGAUGGAGGACUUCUAUGAAACAAGAAUUUCUGAAGUUGAUGGGCAGAUGGUCGCUUUUUUUGGUGUUUUUGAUGGUCAUGGAGGUUCCAGAACAGCUGAAUACCUUAAGCGCAAUCUUUUCAAGAACCUAAGUAGCCAUCCAAAUUUUAUCAAAGACACAAAGACUGCUAUUAUUGAGGUCUUUAAGCAGACCGAUGCCGAUUAUAUCAACGAAGAGAAGGGGCAGCAGAAAGAUGCUGGGUCAACUGCAUCAACUGCUGUCCUGUUCGGGGAUCGUCUCCUUGUUGCAAAUGUUGGAGAUUCCAGAGUAGUUGCAUCUAGAGCUGGUUCAGCUAUUCCCCUCUCUAUUGAUCACAAACCUGAUAGGUCAGAUGAGCGCCAACGGAUUGAACAAGCUGGAGGAUUCAUUCUUUGGGCAGGAACUUGGCGGGUUGGUGGUAUUCUAGCAGUUUCACGUGCCUUCGGAGAUAAGCUACUCAAACCGUAUGUUGUUGCUGAUCCCGAAAUUAAGGAAGAAGAACUCGAAGGCGUAGAUUUUAUUAUUAUUGCAAGCGAUGGACUUUGGAAUGUCAUAUCAAACGAGGAAGCUGUGGCAUUGGUACAACACAAUCAAGAUGCAGAAAUGGCAUCAAGACAACUAAUCCAAGAAGCUUUUUCUCGAGGGAGUACCGACAACAUUACAUGCGUCAUUGUACGUUUUGGUUUGUCGUAAUGCGAUAGAAUCCAAUGAAACUUGUAUUAAUCAGCAAAUGCAGUUCUUUCUCAUGGAAUGUCAUUACUAACUACAGUUACUGGUCUUAACGAGAUCUUGCAUUGAUCCUCAAAGAUUAGCGGAUUUGUUUGUUUGUAUCAAGUCAAAUUCAUAACGUGCACUGCGCUUGCUCGAUUUGUAGAUUACUUAAUACAUAUGUUCCAACUUUUGCUUGCAAA